GACAUGCCCGUCCCGGACUCAUCGCCGCCAUGGAGGACCAGCCCACGGACCCCAGGCAAGCGUUCACGUUGGGAAAGGUUGCCUGCAAGAGCUCCGAGUCGGAUCCAGAGGACUUCUCAGAUGAAAUAUGCCCGGAAAAUUUUUACGGCACGUCUCCUCCCAGCACACCCCGGCAGAUGAAGCGCUUGUCAGCGAAACACCAGAGAAAUAACCUAGGGAGAUCUACCGGCCGCUCCAAUUUGAAAGAAAAGAUGAGUGCAGCACAUCAGCCUCCGCACAAAGACAGUAGCAAAACGGCGGAGAACGUAGAAGAACACAGCUAUAAGCAAGAGAAAAAGAUCCGGGCGACUCUUAGGACGACCGAAAGGGAUCACAAGAAAAGCGCGCAGUGCUCGUUCGUGUUAGAUUCGAUCGGCGGGUCCCUGCCCAAAAAAUCAAUUCCAGAUGUCGAUCUGAACAAGCCUUACCUCAGCCUCGGCUGCAGCAACGCUAAGCCUCCCGUUUCCGUGCCCAUGCCCAUAGCCCGAACUAGCCGCCAGACUUCUAGGACGGACUGUCCGGCCGACCGCUUGAAGUUCUUUGAAACCCUCCGCCUCUUGCUCCAGCUUACCUCGGUGUCGAAGAAAAAGGACCGGGAGCAGAGGGGUCAGGAGAACACGUCCGCCUUUUGGUUCAACCGCUCCAACGAGCUGAUCUGGCUGGAGCUCCAGGCGUGGCACGCGGGGAGGACCAUCAACGACCAGGAUUUCUUCCUGUACACGGCCCGUCAGGACAUCCCGGACAUCAUCAACGAGAUCCUCACGUUCAAAGUGAAUUACGGCCGUCCGGGUCGUGGGAGCCCCGGGGCCGGCUGUAACGGGACCCCGGGUGCCAGGCCGGGUGGCGCGACCCCCGGAGCCCGCCCCACGGGCUACACCAGCUACCGCGAGCACCUCCGGCGGCAGCGGGUCUCGUUCGAGCAGGUGAAGCGGAUCAUGGAGCUGCUAGAGUACAUCGAGGCACUUUACCCGUCUCUGCAGGCCCUCCAGAAGGACUACGAGAAAUACGCGGCGAAAGAUUUCCAAGACAGGGUGCAGGCGCUCUGUCUGUGGUUGAACAUUACGAAAGACCUGAACCAGAAGCUGCGGAUUAUGGGGACCGUUCUGGGCAUCGAGAAUCUGUCGGACAUUGGCUGGCCGGUGUUUGAGAUCCCGUCCCCUCGUCCGUCCAAGGACGGGGCCCCGGACGACGAGGGCGGUGACCCAGAGGGAGAGGGGAGGGGGUUGGGAACCGGCCCCGACGGGAGCGACGACGAAGGGCAGAUGGCCGCGCAAAGCGCGCGGGAGAUCCGGCAGGCUCUGGAGAACAACUUGGAUUUUCAGCCCCCGGACCGUUGCCCGAGGGAGCCGGACGGGCAAAAGUCCGAGGACGAGUCGGCCGGCUGGGGAGCGCCGGAGGCCGGCACCGAGGCGGCCUGCGGCAGACACUGUUUGACAUCUAUUUAUAGACCGUUUGUAGACAAAGCACUGAAGCAAAUGGGGUUGAGGAAGUUGAUUUUGAGACUGCACAAACUGAUGCAUGGUUCUUUGCAAAGGGCUCGCCUAGCUUUGGUAGAGAAAUCGCAUCCUAUGGAGUUUUCAGAAUUUCCGGAUCUGAUGCUGUGCUCAGAUUACGUGUCGCUGUCAGGCGGCCCGUCUCCCACAGAGCCGAAGGGCAGCACUGUAUCCUGGGACGAAUUGAAAUCGAUGGACUUGCCGUCUUUCGAGCCUGCGUUCUUAGUCCUUUGCCGAGUUCUUCUUAACGUUAUCCACGAGUGUCUCAAGUUGAGACUGGAGCAGAGGCCUGCUGGGGAACCGUCUCUCCUGAGUAUUAAGCAGUUAGUAAGGGAGUGUAAAGAGGUCCUGAAAGGAGGCUUGUUAAUGAAGCAGUACUACCAGUUCAUGCUCCGAGAAGUAUUAGAGGAUCUGGAGAAGAUCGACUGCAACAUAGAUUCAUUCGAAGAGGACCUGCAUAAAAUGUUGAUGGUUUAUUUUGAUUACAUGAGAAGCUGGAUCCAAAUGUUGCAGCAAUUACCUCAAGCAUCUUAUAGUUUAAAGAAUCUGUUAGAAGAGGAAUGGAACUUCACCAAAGAAAUCACUCCUUACAUCCGGGGAGGAGAAGCCCAGGCUGGCAAACUGUUCUGUGACAUUGCAGGAAUGCUACUGAAAUCGACGGGCCUUUUUUUAGACUUGCAUCUUCAAGAGUGCUGCGCCGAGUUCUGGGCCAGCGCUGACGAUAGUUCGGCCUCUGAUGAGAUCAGGAGAUCUGUAAUAGAGACCAGUCGAGCCCUGAAAGAGCUCUUUCAUGAAGCUCGGGAAAGGGCCUCUAAGGCACUGGGUUGUGCUAAAAUGCUCAGAAAGGACCUGGAAAUAGCCUCAGAAUUCACAUUCUCGGCUCCAGUGCGAGAUCUGAUGGACACCCUGAAGCGGAAAUGCUACGUGAAGGUACAGAUUCCGGGCUUGGAAAACUUGCAUAUGUUUGUCCCAGGCACUCUUGCUGAGAAGAAACAUGUGAUCUUGCAGCUCCUAAACGCGGCCGCCGGAAAGGACUGCUCGAAGGCCUUUGAAGAAGAAGCCAUCGAGGCUUAUUUACUCAUGACCAAGCGCAGCGACAGAGACAGCAGGCUGGUGGUCUCCUGGAGCACGUGGGAAGAGCAGCCUGUGAAAAUCGUGCCUCAGGUGGUAACCUUCGAUACCCUCAGAAGUAUGCAGGUCGAUAACCUUCUCUUAGUGGUUAUGCAGUCCACUCGGCUCGUGAGCCAGAGGAAAGCUUUCCAAGAGGCGAUUGAAGGGCUUGUCACACUGCAUCAGGAACAGACUUCCAGCCAGCCGGUCAUUGCCAAAGCUUUGCAGCAACUGAAGAAUGAUGCCCUUCAGCUAUGCAAUAAAAUCAACGAUGCCAUUGACAGAGUAGAUCACAUGUUCACCUCUGAAUUUGAUGCCGAAGUAGAUGAAUCGGAAUCUGUCACUUUGCAGCAGUACAUAAGAGAGGCCAUGAUUCAGGGAUACAAUUUUGGGUUUGAGUACCAUAAAGAAGUUGUUCGCAUUAUGUCCGGAGAAGUUAGAUUGAAGAUAGGAGAUAAGUAUAUCAGCUUUGCCCGAAAGUGGAUGAAUUAUGUGCUAACUAAAUGCGAGAGUGGUCGAGGUACCAGACCCAGAUGGGCAAUUCAAGGUUUUGAUUUCCUUCAAGCAAUUGAACCAGCUUUUAUUUCAGCUCUGCCAGAAGAUGACUUCUUGAGUUUACAAGCUUUGAUGAAUGAAUGUAUCGGGCAUGUAAUAGGAAAGCCUCACAGUCCUGUCACAGGUUUGUACUUUGCUCUUCAUCGGAACAGCCCCCGACCUAUGAAGGUUCCCCGAUGCCACAGUGACCCUCCAAACCCCCACCUGAUCAUCCCAAACCCUGAAGGUUUCAGCACUCGGAGUGUCCCUUGUGACCUGCGGAACCCUUACAGCGCUGCCGCCAGUCGCCCCGUCCUCACUGGUUGCGACUCACCUCAGCCCAAACCCGUCAGCGGCGCAAAUGAUACCAGGGGUUCCAGUGUGCCUGAAAAUGACCGCUUGACAUCUGUAGCUGCGGAAAUACAGUUUAGGUCUCUGAGUCGACAUUCAAGCCCUACUGAGGAGCGAGAAGAACCGUCUUACCCAAAGGGAGAUUCAAGCGGGUCGACAAGAAGGAGUUGGGAGCUACGGACUCUCAUUAGCCAAGCAAAGGAUACUAUUUCUAAGCAAGGACCCAUAGAGGCUAUCCAGAAGUCAGUUCGUUUAUUUGAGGAAAAGAGGUAUCGAGAAAUGCGGAGGAAAAAUAUUAUCGGUCAAGUUUGCGAUACUCCCAAAUCCUAUGAUAAUGUCAUGCAUGUCGGGUUAAGAAAAGUGACCUUCAAGUGGCAAAGAGGAAACAAAAUCGGUGAAGGCCAGUACGGGAAAGUGUAUACCUGUAUAAGUGUUGACACUGGUGAACUGAUGGCAAUGAAGGAAAUUCGUUUUCAGCCAAAUGACCAUAAAACCAUCAAAGAAACUGCCGAUGAAUUGAAAAUAUUUGAAGGCAUCAAGCACCCAAAUCUGGUUCGGUAUUUUGGUGUGGAACUCCAUCGUGAGGAAAUGUACAUCUUCAUGGAGUACUGUGACGAAGGCACCCUGGAAGAGGUGUCGAGGCUUGGACUCCAGGAGCAUGUCAUUCGACUAUACUCCAAGCAGAUCGCCAUCGCCAUCAAUGUGCUGCACGAGCAUGGCAUCGUCCAUCGGGACAUCAAAGGAGCCAAUAUCUUCCUUACCUCAUCAGGAUUAAUUAAACUGGGGGAUUUUGGAUGUUCUGUAAAGCUAAAGAACAAUGCCCAGACCAUGCCCGGUGAAGUGAAUAGCACUCUAGGGACUGCAGCAUACAUGGCUCCUGAAGUCAUUACUCGAGCUAAAGGAGAAGGACAUGGGCGUGCCGCAGACAUCUGGAGUCUGGGUUGUGUUGUAAUAGAAAUGGUCACUGGUAAGAGGCCCUGGCACGAAUACGAGCACAACUUCCAGAUCAUGUACAAAGUGGGAAUGGGACACAAGCCACCUAUUCCUGAGCGGAUAAGCCCCGAAGGCAAAGACUUCCUUUCUCACUGCCUCGAAAGUGAUCCAAAGAUGAGAUGGUCAGCCAGCCAGCUCCUGGAUCAUCCAUUUGUCAAGGUUUGCACAGAUGAAGAAUGAAGCUAUUCAGUAGGUGGACCCUUGUGUAAAUACUCUGAUGGAUUCUCUCAAUCACUACUGUAUGUAAUAUUUACAUAAAGACUGUCAAGAAGCAGUGUAAACAUUUUUAACCUACCGUGACUGAAGACUGCACAGGUGACAAAGCGUCACUUCUCCUGCUGCUCGUGUCUAUUUGACUUUGGCACAUGAUGCUCAUAUGAUCGUGUCCGCAAGUUUAAAAGAAGCCUGCAUGUUCAAGUGGAAGUGCCAUUACUACUGUACACGGACCAUUGCCUUUUUCUCGUCCUCUCCGUUUCUCACGUGACUGAGAACUGUAAUUAUUAAUAUGUAGUAUUUUUUGGUGACCUUUCUAGGUUCGAAAGACGUUGUAGUGUUAUCAGGCUUUCUGGACCUUGUUUUUUAAUCUCCGAUUUGUUGAGUGCACUGACUGUGAACUUUUUCCCCUUUUUUUGGCCCGCUUCGGAUUUGUUAUGCAAAAAGGCUCAUUGAUGAAAUUGAAGAACAAGAUGUUUUUUUUCUCAAUAAAUGGUUUAUUUUAGGAA